GGUCACGUCAUCGUCAUUUACGAAAUGUAAAAGACAAAAGCUUUAGAUUCUAUUAUAUUAUGUAUGAAAUGAAAGUGUCUGUGACGAAGAUUUUCUUUUGGGUUUCAUUUCUAACGAAAAAACUUUUUUAAAGAGACGACCUUUGAUCAAAUAUUGUAACCUAACUAGCUAGAAACCCUAUUCCUAAAACUCUCUCCUUAUCCCUUUCUCCUCAUCUUCUUAAUAGUUUUUUUUUUUUUUUCUCUCUUUUUUUCCCCCUCAUCAUCUUUUCCCUUUCUUUUUAGGGUUUAUUAGCUAUCAACUGCACUCUCUAAGAAACCAAACGACCUUUUCUCAAACUUUUUCUUUUCACGUUUUUAUCUAUAUUUGUAUAAAUAUUCUGAUCACAAAAAUAUACAUUCCCCAUUUUACUAGAUUUUCUUUGUUUCUGUAAAUGGGUUAUUGCCCAUGUUUUUGUUUGUUGAAUUGGAAAAGGUUCCAGCGUGAAACUAACAAUAAAGAACAACAAUCUUACGUAAAUGCAGAAUCAGGAUCAAAAGUGAAUUCGAAUACGAGGCUUGAAGCAUCAAAUCCAGUAACUAGGAAUAGAUCUUCCAAUACGGCUCCAACAUUUACAUAUAAAGAGCUUGCAAUUGCAACAAAUAAUUUUGCAGAAGAAUCUUUUCUUGGCAGAGGUGGCUUUGGUGCUGUUUAUAAAGGGAUAUUAGAAAGCAGUAAUCAGGUUGUAGCUGUUAAACAAUUAGAUCUUGAAGGUUUGCAAGGAGAAAAGGAGUUCCUAGUGGAAGUUCUAAUGCUCACUCUUAUGCAUCAUCCUAAUCUUGUUAAUUUGAUUGGUUUUUGUGCUGAAGGGGAACAACGCCUUCUUGUUUAUGAACACCUGCCUUUAGGAUCUUUGGAAGAUCAUCUUUUUGAUGUUACACCUGAUAUGGAGCCUCUUGACUGGAAUACAAGAAUGAAGAUAGCUGCAGGGGCAGCAAAAGGAUUAGAUUAUCUACAUAAUGCAAAUCCUCCAGUAAUAUACAGAGACUUAAAAGCCUCAAACAUAUUAUUAGAUAAAGGUUUCCACCCGAAACUUUCAGAUUUUGGACUUGCGAAAUUCGGUCCAAUAGGGGAUAAAUCUCAUGUCUCCACAAGAGUCAUGGGUACAUAUGGUUACUGUGCUCCUGAAUAUGCAUCAACUGGAAGAUUAUCUAUGAAAACUGACAUUUAUAGUUUUGGAGUUGUUUUGUUAGAGUUGGUGACCGGAAAAAAAGCAGUAGAUGAAAUUGAAGGUCGCCAAAUGCACCUAAUUCAUUGGGCACUUCCAUUGAUGAAAGACCGCGGAAAUUAUGUAAGAUUAGUAGAUCCAUUGCUAAGACGUCAAUUCUCAAUGUCUCUAUUAAACAAGGCAAUAGAGGUAGCAUCAAUUUGUCUGAAUGAGAAUGCAAAUUUACGCCCUUCAUCGACUGAUUUAGUAUCGGCAAUGGAAUAUUUGGUGUCGCGAAAAUAUGAACCGGAUAAGGACAAGGCGAAUAAGUCAUGGCCUGAGAUUAAUCUCUCUCCAAGUGCAGCAGAAGCCGUUUUGGAAAAAGAUUUAGAUAGAGACCGAGCAGUUGCAGAAGCAAAAUUGUGGGGUGAGAGUUGGAGAGAUAAGAGAAAACAAUAGCAACAGCAGGUAUAUCAACUAGAGUACUUCAGAACAAGUAGAUUAAGGAACAGAUAAACAUAGUAUUGGAUACAGUUUUUAGGACUCUUGUGCUGGCUCUAAUGUUAGCAGGUUUUCCAAUAGCUGGCCAUUGUCUGGAAAUCGGUAGGGUGGUUAAGGUCUUGAGUUGUGCAUGUUCAUUUUUUUAUAGCAAAAGAACAGUGUUGAUCCAAAUUUUUGUGCAAGUUUUGAUCAACAUCAUGUACUUGGAAUUGAUCAGCUUUUCAUUUUUUAAUAUAAAUAGCAUUUAGUAUAUUGUUACUCUAGUCAAAUGUCUUCAAAAAUUAUAAUUUUACAAUAUAAGAAUGUGAUUAGUG